UAUUUUGCUAGAACAGGCAGAUGUUGAAUCCUUAAGUACUGCUUUGCCACCUCUGUCUUUUAUUGAAGUGAAAAUGCAGCUUACAGUCAUGGAAUUUGUUUGCAUAAUGCUUUGCCUGAUUUUUAUUAAAUUUCACAGAGUUCUUUUUUGUAACAAACUCUCUUUUCAGUGCCAAUGUGUUGCCAACCAGCUGGACACCCGGCUUCCCAAAAGCUCACAUGCAUGUUUGCUAAGCUUGGCAAGUCAAGAUCAAAAUGAAAUUAUGAUAAAAAUCCAUGUGGAUUUCUAACUUGGAGUCUGAGGUUCAAGACAAAGAUGAAUCUGCGUUCUGUAUUUACUGUAGAACAACAAAGGAUAUUGCAGCGUUAUUAUGAAAAUGGAAUGACAAAUCAAAGUAAAAAUUGCUUUCAGCUCAUAUUACAGUGUGCACAAGAAACAAAACUGGACUUCAGUGUGGUCAGGACGUGGGUUGGCAAUAAAAGGAGGAAGAUGAGCAGCAAGAGCACGGUGGAAUCCGGAGGGACCCCCCCAGGGACGGCCCCUGCCACUCCCUCAGUGCCCCCAGAAGUUCGGAACGUGGUCAAUAUUGCCCGAUCCCACAGCCAGCAGUCCUCCUGGACCUCUUCUAAUAAUGAUGUGAUAGUGACUGGGAUUUACAGCCCUGCCAGCUCCUCGGGCAGGCAGGGAUCCACCAAACACACCAACGCUUCCAUGGCAGAGAUGCACAAAACCUCCAUCCCGAGGCUCCCGGGGAAAGGCAACGCGGAGUUCCAGCAGCAGCACAUCCCUCUAGGACGACAAGUACCACACUGUAAAAAUGCUUCCCUAUUAGUAGGGGAAAAGACCAUUAUUUUAUCCAGGCAGACGAGCGUGCUCAAUUCUGCAAACUCCAUUUACAGCCACACCAAGAAAAGCUACGGCGGCUCCUCGGUGCAGACGGCGGAGCUGGUGUUACCUCAGAAACCCAUGAUAUGCCACAGGCCCUGCAAGGCUGAGCCCGUGGGCUGUCACAGGUCACACAAACCAGAGCACGUGGCUCUGGCAUCGCACGGGCCCCACGGGCAGAGGGCUCACCCCAGGGACCCUGCCUGUAGCACCCAGAACCUGGAGAUCCGCGAGGUGUUCUCCCUGGCGGUGACGGACCAGCCCCAGAGGAUGGUGGCGGGAAGCACGACGCAGAAACAUUCCUCUCUGGAGGGCAGCUGCCUGUCCAUCGCCAUGGAGACGGGGGACGUGGAGGACGAGUACGCCAGGGAGGAGGAGCUGGCAUCCAUGGGAGCACAAAUCCAGAGCUACUCCAGAUACUGUGAGAGCAGCAGCUCUGCUCGAGUGGAGAACCAAAGCGCAGCCGUGUCGGGGCCGGGCCGCAGCGGGGGCUGUGGGGCACAGGGGGGCAGUGCCAGGGACCUGCCUGACAGUGUUCUCUACCACAGCAGAGAUUACCACCUCCCUGCACGGACCUCCCUGCACAGCACAGCCAGCACAAUGUACAGCGGUGCUAAUGCAUCCAGGAGUACCUUUGCUCCUCAUUUUACAUCUUCAAGUCAACUGAGGCUGUCACAAAACCAAAAUAAUUACCAGAUUUCAGGAAACCUUACUGUGCCUUGGAUUACAGGUUGUUCCAGAAAAAGAGCAUUACAGGACCGCACACAAUUUAGUGACCGAGACUUAGCCACCCUAAAGAAAUACUGGGACAAUGGCAUGACCAGCCUGGGCUCAGUCUGCAGAGAGAAAAUUGAAGCUGUGGCUGCAGAAUUAAAUGUUGACUGUGAAAUAGUGCGGACUUGGAUUGGGAAUCGAAGACGGAAAUAUCGUUUAAUGGGGAUUGAGGUCCCACCCCCUAGAGGAGGUCCUGCUGAUUUCUCUGAUCAAUCUGAAUUUGUUUCUAAAUCAGCACUUAAUCCAGGAGAGGAAACUGCUACUGAAGUGGGGGAUGAUAAUGAUAGGAAUGAUGAAGUGUCAAUCUGCUUAUCUGAAGGAAGCUCACAAGAAGAGACAAAUGAAGCUCUUCAAAAUGAAGAAAUUGGUCACAAAGAUGAUGACCAGAAUCCAGUUCCCGCUGACAAUGUGAAAAUAGAAAUUAUCGAUGAUGAGGAGAGUGAUAUGAUCAGUAAUUCUGAAGUGGAUCAGAUGAGUUCUCUCUUGGAUUAUAAGAAUGAAGAGGUCAGAUUCAUUGAGAGCCAGCUGGAGAACCACAAGCAGAAGUAUUUUGAACUGCAGACGUUCACUCGGAGUUUGAUACUGGCAAUUAAAUCAGAUGAUAAAGAACAGCAGCAGGCACUGCUUUCAGACUUACCUCCUGAACUAGAAGAAAUGGAUUUCAACCACACCUCCCCAGAGCCUGAUGAUACCUCAUUCAGCUUGUCCUCUUUGUCAGAGAAAAAUGCCUCAGACAGUUUGUGAUUUAUUUUUUUUUAACUGACAAACCAGAACCCCUCUGGGACAUGCAGGUUUCAGGAGAAGGGCAGUUUGCUCUCCAGUGUUUCCUCAGCCCAAAAAAAAGCAAGUCCAAGGUGAAGGAGCCUGUCCUGAAGGAUGGCUGGGGCACAGCCCAGCUGCAGUUUGCACUGGCAAGGAAUUUGCAAUGGUGGUUUUGCUAAAGGAAAGAACUGGGUGAGAGAAGGUUUCACUUGUAGCAGUUUGGCCUUGGCUGGGAGAACUCCUGACUCUCCAGAGUAACUCUGGCUCUGUAGCAAAGUCUUUCUGAGCAGGGAUUUCUGAGUGGAAAGCAAAUCCUUCAGCCUCACGUGCUCACCAGGCCUGUUUAUUAUAUUUUUCCCCAUUUUUACUCAGGUAGGUGGACUAAAAAUUGGGGUUCCAAAUAAAACAACGGGCUUUCUCUGAGUUGUGCUUGAACCCUUUGGAAAACCUGAAAUUAAACUAAAGCGUUUUUCGUUCUCUGACUUGAGAUUGUUGAAUCUUCCAUUUUCUGACCAAAAUAGCUGAAAAAACCUUGAAAGGCUAACUCAGAAAAUUGAAUUAUCACCAGUAAAUUAUUAAUGUGAAGAAGCAGUGCUAAGUGUUGGAAGAAAUGAGAUGGAAAUGGGAGCCCUGAUACCUGCAGGGCAUGACUUCCUGAUACAGUAGCAAUGGGAUUGGAUGUUUACAUUCUUUAGGGUUUUAUGAUUGUAGUCACAGUUUUGAUUUGUCAAAGCCUGAAUGCUGAAGUUCUGCUUAUUAUUUUAAGUAUGGGUUGUGUAUUUUUCCACAAACUUUGCUCCAUUUUACCAAGCCAGUCAGAAUUCCAGAGCUGUCUUUGCAUCCUGAAAGGUUUUCCAGCGUUUGGAACUCCAGGAUGAUCCUGGGUGAUGCUGUAGCUGCCUGCCCAUGGCAUUGAUGCUCUAAAUGGAAUCUGAAUCCCUCAGCAAGAAUUUUUCACACAAUCAGGUGAAAAAACUGAUCUUUCUAUUUUAUGCCAAAUAACAAUUGACUCUGGGGAAUCCUUAUUCAUCCAGGACAGCGAGUAAUCCCCUUAAUUUCAGUGGGAGGUCCAAGGUGUAGCUCAGAGAAUCCAGAGUGUUGGGGAAAUAACUCCUUCCCCCCCCACCCCAGUACUGCUGUUAACUCAGAUUUUAGGGUUUUCUCAGUCUGAUCUGUUCUUCCCUAAUCACUUUUACAACUCUUUUUGUUUAGUGCCAGUAGUGAGCUCUGUCCUUUCAGGUUUUUUCUGUCUCUCUUGUCGUUGGGCAUGAGGAGCUUUUAGCAAUACUGUUAAACACCAGCUGCAUGAAGGGUAGGGACAGUUUUAAAAGGUGUUUUAAAAACCAAGUUGCACAGUUCUGACCAGUGUAUGAUUCUGUUAGUUCCCAACAGAUCUCUGACCACAUACUCUGCAGAGCAACCCCAGAAUUCCAAACUGCUGGACCUGGAUGUGAGUGGAGGCAUUAAAACUGG